GACUGAUUGUAUCAUUUCUUCGACCUACAAAUUGUUAAAGGUCGAUUUCGGCUUUAGAAAACCGUCCCGAAAAUCUGGACGGGCAAAAAAUUGUAAUAUAAAAACAAACAUGUUGCGAACGAUAUUUGUACGAAACCAAGUUUUAGCUGAUAGCGUUAAGAAAGCUAUUCGGUAUAAUGUCAAGAGAUGUUUGAGUACAGAAUUAACCAGGAGGAAACAAGCCAAUAAAUUAUUAUCUCUAUCAAAUCAGCCAUUAUCUGCAACUCAGCAAUGGAGCAUACAAGUAAGGCAUUACUCAGAUCUCCCUCCACACAACAAAGUAAAUCUGCCAGCUCUUUCGCCAACAAUGGAAAAUGGGUCUAUAGUUAGCUGGGAAAAGAAGGAAGGUGACAAACUUAAUGAAGGUGACCUGCUAUGUGAAAUUGAGACUGACAAAGCAACUAUGGGAUUUGAAACUCCAGAAGAAGGAUAUCUAGCUAAGAUAUUGAUUACUGCUGGUACAAAGGGGGUUCCUGUUGGCAAACUUCUUUGUAUCAUUGUCGAGAAUCAGGCUGAUGUUGCUGCUUUCAAAGACUUUAAAGAUGACUCGUCAAGUGCACCCUCCAGGCCUGCACCACCAAAAGAAAAAGCAGCUGCAGCACCAUCCGCAGCUUCUCCACCUGCAGCUCCUGCGCCUGCUGCUGCUGCUGUCCCAGCAGCCUCAGCCCCACAACCGGCUGCGGCCUCUCAACCAGUGCCAGACCAGCAUAGCAGGAUCUAUGCCAGCCCUAUGGCAAGAAGGCUAGCGGAGCUCAAAAAUAUUCGGCUAGGGGGCCAAGGGUCUGGGCUGUAUGGUUCAGUGAAGAGUGGUGACCUCGCAGGAGCAGCACCAGCACAAGCGCCUGUAUCAAUACCAGCACCAGCUCCUGGUGCCACCUUUGUGGAUAUCCCACUCUCCGGCAUGAGGGAAACAAUUGCAAAGAGACUGUCAGCUGCUAAACAGACGAUACCCCACUAUCAGUUGUCAGCUACUGUCAAUGUAGAGAAGACCUUGGAAAUGCGAAAGUUGGUUAACGAUCGGCUUGCCAAAGAGAAGUCUGAUAUUAAGGUAUCUGUGAAUGACUUUAUUGUGAAAGCAGUUGCGGCGGCCUGCAAGCGUGUGCCGGCUGUCAAUUCACAUUGGAUGGAGUCCUUCAUUAGACAAUAUAGCAACGUUGACGUAAGCGUAGCAGUGGCCACGCCCACUGGCUUGAUCACGCCCAUUCUUUUCAACGCGGACUCACGAGGGAUUAUUGACCUCUCAAAGAAUAUGAAAGAGCUUGCUCAAAAGGCCAAGGACAGUAAAUUACAGCCUCAAGAAUACCAGGGUGGAACUGUUACUGUAUCCAAUCUUGGAAUGUAUGGUAUUACAAUGUUCAAUGCUAUCAUCAAUCCGCCUCAAUCCCUAAUCUUAGCCUGUGGUGGACUACAAGAGAUUGUUAUACCCGACAAGAAUGAACCUCAAGGAUUCCGUCUAGCUAAAUUCGUAACAUUCACUGCAUCGGCCGACCAUAGAGUAAUAGAUGGCGCGAUCGGCGCUCAAUGGAUGAAGGCACUUAAAGAAAACCUCGAAGAUCCAGCCAACAUGAUCCUAUAAGUCAACCAGUGAAAAUUCUAUAGACUCUUGUUAGCCAAUCGUUUAGAAUUAUACAGCGAGAAAUAUGCUAUAAGCAUUAUUGUUCAUUAAUUAACUUUAGCUAUAUAUAAAUAAGCUCAAAUUAUCAACAUACAAAUUUCUUACAGUGUGCCAUAAAAUCUUGUAGCACUGUAUGUAAAAAUUCUAUGAGAAAUCUUGAAAAUGGAACGUUUUCAAAUUUUAAAUAAGGAAUGCGUUUGGCUAACCAGAGUUGCAUGGCGCAAUUUUGACGCAACAAAGCAAAAUACAGAAUAUAUCAAAUCUACAUUAUGUAUAAUUAUUGAUGAUUCAUAUUUUUUUUAUAAAUUUUGAAAUGUUGCCUCAUCAUGCUCCUAUCUUAAAUCAAUUUAUCGAGAAGUGAUAUGUUUGCUUAGAUAAUUAGUAUUUAUUUGAAUUGUAUGGACCUCGAUAACUGAUUUGAAAUUCUAUCCCAUUGUUAUAUUUAUUUUAUUUGUUAUAUUUUUUAGGGAAAAUAAUAUUUAAGAGAUUAUUGUGUACCAAUCGUAUUAUAGACGUUAAAUCAGAAAUCUUGGAUAUAGUUUAUUAGGGAAUUGUAAGUUGGGUAAAUUCUUAAAAACUGCCUUUUAUUUAUAUAAAAUCGUUAUCAUGUAGUCUAAGCGAAAAUAUUUGAAUUAUUUUUUUGCUUUUUUUAUGUAUUUUAUUAACGAAUCGGUUUCAUGCAUUUUUUUUUAGUUAUAGUGAAAUGUAGCUAUUUGUAGUUUUUCAGGAAAAGUGCACCCAAUGUGAAAUAAAAUUAUACAAUAAAUCUUGUUACCAUCAAUCAAGGCUGUCGUUUUGAUGCUGAAAUGUGGUUUUAUGGAUGUUAGCGGAAUAUAUUUUAUUUAUAAUAAA